AUGAUACCUUUUACCUCUGAUUCAUGUGAUGCUGGUUAUUUUGAUAUUGCGUCUCUUAACCCUAACAUGGAUGUUGUUGGCAAAGUUGUGAUCAACGUGAGAGAGUUGGUUUUUGUUCCUUCCGUGGAACAUUCUCACGGAGGAUAUUUUGAGUUGUACUUUGGUUUACGUGAUACUGAGUUUGUGAAAUUAGAGCUAUCACAGGAACGUAGGUGGAGAUGUACCAACGUUUCAGGAUGUACGAGGAUUAUGUUGAAUCCGAAUCUCAGUAUUACCGACGAAAUGCUUUGUUGGAAUCCUGAAAACGACCAAGUACCUAUCAUCACACGCAAGGAGAAUGCCAUGGAGUGAUGAUGUUCGUUGAUUUCUUAUUUUCUUGCAAUU